AUGAGUAUGCUUCAAAAAGAAGAAGAGGUGUACGAUGUCAUUAUCGUCGGCGCUGGCCCUUGUGGCCUUUCCACGGCUUCUCGACUCCGCGAACAUACUCCAGCCGCUCUUUUCACGGACGAAGAACACCGCCGUUACCAUUGGAUUGGGAAAUAUGGAAAGCAAAUUAGCCUCAAGCAUGUAAAGAGCGGCAAGAUAUCCCAUCCCCAUCACUCGGCAAGUUGUCGGCCUGAAUACAAGAUGCUCGUCUUGGACGCCACGGACAACAAGUGGCUCGGCCGCUGGAAUCACCUCUUCAAAACAUAUGAUAUUUCGCAUCUACGCAGCCCAAUGCUUUGGCAUGUGGAUCCUCUCGAUCGAGAUGCUCUUCUGGCUCAUACGUAUGCUCACGAGCGUGAAGAUGAGCUUGUUGAGAUCCGCAACUGCGUAGGCAAAGAGGUCAGCAAGCACGCAAGCAAAAAGAAAGCCAAAUGCAAAGCAUGCGGCGGAAAGCAGGAAGCGAGAAUUGAUAUCAACCUUAGAGAGCGAAACGACUAUUACACACCAUCACAAUCGCUCUUUCGCGAUCAUUGCGAGCAAGUGGCCGAUCGAUAUAACCUUGGAGAGAAGCUCCUCCGCAAAGAGACACUGCAAGAUAUCGACUUUGGCGAGGUAAAAGGCGUUUCGAUAGACGGUACAAAGCUCUUCACCAUCACGACAGAUGCAGCUCGUCAAUACUAUGCGAAAACGGUAGUCCUCGCAGUUGGGCCUGCCAAUACUCCCAAGAUUCCAUUGCUCUCAUCUGUAUCUCCCUCGCCCAACGGCGGGAUUCCUCAAGCAUGCCACAGUAUGCAGAUCAAGGAAUUCCCAGAUCCGCUCGUUCAAUCACGCAUCGCCGCAGGUAGAUGCACCAACGUCCUCAUCAUUGGUGGCGGCCUUACUUCUGCACAGCUAGCGGUACUCGCUCUCCGAAAGGGAGUGACCAAGAUAUGGCACCUUAUGCGUGGCCCUAUGCGCGUCAAACAUUUCGACGUUGACCUCUCGUGGAUGGGCAAAUACAAAAACGCAGAGCAUGCGCGGUUCUGGUCCGCUGACUCGGAUCUUGAGCGCCUUGAGAUCAUCAAGGAGGCACGCGGCGGUGGCAGUCUUACGCCCCUUUUUUACAAGAAACUGAAAAAGUGCAUCGCGUCUGGCAGUGUCGAGCUUCAUACUCAUACAACGCUCGUAGAUGCGGAAAUGAAAGAAGUUGAUGGCGCUCAAUUCUGGAUUAUCAAGACAGAGCCUCCCAUUGCAGGGCUGCCCUUAUUCGAUUAUAUGUAUUUCGCUACGGGCAUCCAGACAGAUUUUACUGCCUUGCCAUACCUUCAAACCAUGCUGCGGAAAUAUCCUAUCCACGGCCAUGGCGGGUUUCCAUGUAUUAACGAGGACCUCAUGUGGAAAGACGGAGUGCCUCUAUUUAUGGCUGGAAGGCUGGGGGCUCUUCAACUUGGUCCUGCGGCACCAAACAUUGGAGGAGCAAAGAUUGCGGCAGAGAGGGUAGCAUGGGCAAUCGAGAACAUGAUUACGCUUGACGGGGUGCAAGGGAAUGAUGAACAGGAUAAUAGUGGAUUGGCAGAAUAUCUUUCAGGCCAUGGCAAUAUGUACAGCAUUUUGCAAGAUGAGGUAAACCAAUGA